AUGAUCUGCGCUGUCAAUCCUUGGGCAUUCAUUGGAGACACGGAAGACGUCUGGUCGGAACUGGUCCGUACGGUCAAACAAAAAGCCGUUCUGACGACAUGGUGGAAUCUUGUACAAGCGUUUUGGAAAAAAUUCGGUCCCGACCCGAUCAAAGAUGAUAAGAGCUUUCAUAGAACACGACGAUCAGCGAAGAUUAGCGAAAAAUUGGUGGAUAUGGAGAAAAUCGCUGAAAGCACGUCAGUGGAUCGUUUGGAAAACGCCUUUUCCACAGCUGAACAAAAAUUUCACGUUGCUCGACUGCUACAAGUGAAAGGUUAG